AUGAAGGCUCGUUAUAUUGUUUCUCUCUUUUUAUUUUAUGCUACUUAUAAGCACACAACAAAUACUGUACAAUGUGACACAUAUAGUGAUUUAGCAGCAACUACAGCCUUAUCGACUGUUAUUCGAGACCCUCUUAGCAUGACCAUAAAAGAUUUAUAUGAUAAUGGUGUUAAAGUUCCUAUAACAGAUUUAAUAAAUAGUUUAAAAAAAUCACAUCGUUAUAAAAGAAUUUUAAGAUGGUCUCGUAUGUGGUGGGUAUUAUUAGUUAGAGAAAUUGUAGGAAACAAUAAGAUCGAAGAUGCAACUGAAUGUAUAUUAAGAGAAAUAUGGGAUCAAUGUACUAUUUCCAUAUAUAACAAUACCUUAUUUUCUGUUGAAUCAAAACCAAUGUUAUUUUUACACGGUAUAUUAAAUGAAUGUAGAAACAGCUUCGCAACAAAAUUAAAACAUGACCCAGGUUUAAUUGUAUCAAAAAUCGACCAAAUAUUAAAAUCACAAAUAUAUAGAUUCUGGGUAUCCGAACCAUAUUUAAGAUUAGGAAAAUCAGGUAUGUAUUACUCAAGAAUUAACCAUAAAAAUGUUCCAGAAUUACCAAAAGAACACACAUUGAAACAUUUAUCAUCUUAUAUGGAAGAGAAAUUAAAAUCUAUGGAAUCUAAGAAAAACAUUGAAUCAGGCAAAUAUCAAUUUGAUGUAGAUUCCGGAAAUGCUGGUGAAGAUGCAUAUACAGAAUAUGAAGAUGAUCAAACAGAUGAUGUUUUAAAUGAUCAAUUAUUUGAAGAAGAUAAAUCAACUAAUGCUGGUGAGGCUUAA